ACAGCUCGACAGUACCUGCGUUGCUGGGUAAAUAAAACAAGAGCAGGGUUCCUGUCGGAGUUUGGAGCUGGGACACAACAGACGGUCAGUGAUUUUACAUCCUGUUGUUGAAUAGAAAGAAUUAUAUUCGUAUGUAAAUGUACAUGUUAUUGUUCCUAAUCAUUUUUGUAAAUCUGGUGAAGCAAAAAUCACACCAACGUAGCAGAUUUCGCUGUUAGAUUUUUAUCUCCGUCUGAUACAAGCUCCUGCAGCGGAUACAUGUUAAAAGCGACGCGUAAUGAACCAUAAACUGCAUUUAUUCAUGUCGUGCAACUAUUAGCAGCUGUGCAUGUGGAGUUAAGUGAUCUGAAGUUUGAUCCUCUGCUGCAGCUCUUUGACAGUGAGCAUUCAAGCUAGCAGCGUUAGCCAUUGUUUACUAACAUUGUGGCGUUGAAUGGGGGGGGGGGGGCAUGUCUGGGCGUGUUAUCGACGCAUGACAUUCUGAUUUCUUUCUGACUUUUUUGUUCGACUUUAAAGGUAUUUUUCGGGAUUUUUGUGUUUACACGCUGAUCUACUGCAAAAGCUCUUUUCUACUCUGAACCAUGGCAGCUGACUGCGAGGCCUGGCUGAACGCAAACCCCGUUGGUAAGUGUGAGCAAGUCUGAGAGGUUUAAAUGUCUUAUCAGCUGUAUCCAAUGUAGGGCACUGGGGCUUUUACACAGGCUGCAGAUUUAGAUACGAAAUAUGUUUUUAGUGAUGUUUUUUCUACUGUUAACCCUGCAUGCUGUGAGGGUUAGGAAACUAACUGCAUUGAAUAAGUAUGGGAGAGUGGUGUAAGAUGAGCCAUUUUUCAUAUUUCAGAUCACUACAUCAAGGCAAUCAUAGUUUUGUCUCUAACUAGUGUAUCUGCAUAUAUUUCAACAUGUUGUUCAUCCCUGCAAUCCAACAUAACAACAUAGUGUAAACAUAACUGUCAUGAUAAUAUAGCAUGCCAAAAAAAGUGGUCUCCUAUGGUCAACUUACCCUGUGUGUGGGGUAAGCUAACCAUAGGAGUGGGGUAACUAACAAUAAAUAACAGUCACUUCUUCACAUUCAUGUGUUUUUUUAUCUGUUAUACACUAUUCAACUGGUACAAUAAUUCUUUUUAUUAUUACUGCAUAUAACUGCUGAAAAGCUGUUUUGUGAAGAGACAUUUUAACAUGAGAAUGCCUUUAAGUGAUUCAGAACAUUCACAGCUUUAUUUUUGAAAAGAAAAAGUAAAACAUUUCAACAAUCUGAACUGAAACUCUGAUCCUCUCAUUAGACUCCUUUACUUUCUCAGUUGAGCCACUGACUCAACUUUCCCCAAAACUACUAUGAUGACUUUAUUAGUCCUCUAAGCUAAAAUGGUGGACUUUUAUACUAGGUUUCUGACCUCAUGCUGUAGCUCAUAGAUACCACAAUUGAUGAUAAAACAAAUUUAGAAUUAUCUUUUUUGGUCUGAACACAAUUCUAAUCAAACUUAUGACAGACUAAAUUCACUUUCAAAAGUGAAAAAUGUUUUUUUUUUUUUUUUUAAAUAAAUGUCUAACCCCUUCACCCAUGUGCUUCUAACCUUCACAGACUCCAUGAAUUGAUGCCCAUCUCCUAAAUAUUUUGUCUCAUGAUCAAUUUCUUUUACCAUUUCCAAGCAACAGGGGGUGGCUCAACUUACCCCACUCUCCCCGUCAUCCUUGAUUCAAAUUAUUGCAUGCAAAUUUCCUUCCAAGGAAAGAAAUAUGCAAAUGCGUGUCAAAUUUAGCCUUGAUUUAAUCUGCUCUGUAUAGAAUGGCUGUGCAUUAUUUGUGGAUUUCAUAAUUAAAUCCAUGUGUACCCCCCCCCCCCCCCCCCCCACCGCCAUGUAUUCCAACAGAGGCAGAGGACCUGAGUGACUCCUUUGUGUCAGGAGACGAGGAUAAUAGAGGAUCUGUUACCUCUAACAAGAACAUCCACAACGAGAUAAAUGGCAACUGGCUGUCAUCUUCCAGCAACAGCAUCCAUGAAGCACGGCUCAAGGCAAAGGCCAAGAGGAGGCUGAGGAAGAACUCAUCUCGAGACUCAGGCAGGGGGGACUCGCUCAGUGAUAAUGGGGAUAUUGUCAGGGGGUCCUUGGUGGCUCCUACGAGUCCCAAAAACAAGCUGCUGGACAGAAAGUCUAGACUGGGCAAGGGACGAGGUCUGCCAAAGAAAGGUUAGUGGUUUAAAGAGGUCCUGGUUCCUGUUUGGUAGUAAUUAUGAUGUAAUGCUUGCCUGUGGCACUUGGAUACAAAAGAGAUCAAAUGUCUUGGCAUCCUUCUAAGGACAACCAUUUGCUGUUUGUUACUUCAUGAGUUAAAGAGGAUCAAAGAGCUGCCGGUAUUUCAGUGCCAAAUGCUACAAGUUGAAAGCCUUCAUCAUCCUCAUCAGUGUGUGACCCACUGCUGUCAUUACCUGAUGGCUGUCCUUUUCAGGAGCCAUAAACCAAUUGGCAUGAGCACAAAUGGCGAUGUGGACUUAAUCAGGGCACAUCCACUUAAAGCAAUACCUGUACUGCAGCUGCCAUCUGCUCCGAAAAGCUCAGUGGAAACGUCUGUCAGUGGUUAAAUAAUAGGCUUAGGACACUUGUUUACCAGAAGUUUCUUUUGUUUUGCAAAUUUAUACGCUGUGAUUUUAUUCACCUGUUGGACUGCUGUAUGUAUCGACUGAAUCCUGAAAGGGAAUUGAAGCAUUGGGAACAUUAUGAAAGAUUUUAAUUUCAUUUUGAUGAGUUUUGUUUGUUAUCUUUUGCUGUGAACUGGGCCUAGUCAUUGCAGCAGGUGAACGUUUUAUGUCUGAUUCAAAAGCGUAGGAAUCAACCAAAAAUGCUGCAUGUUUUGCAGUUUUUUUUUUCUCAUCACAUUGGUUGAACUGAAUUCAAAGUUGCUUAAUAUCACCUUCUUCUAACAAUAUAGCUGUUAGUCUGUCAGUGUGAUGAUGCUGCAGAACAGUCAGUUAUCUCCUCCCCGGGGCAGUGUUCAAGACUAGACUCUCAGUUCAGUGACGUUUGUCUGGUUACAUAACAGCUAUUCGCAGGCCAGUGGAUCUCUGUUACUUGAGCUCGCCUGCAUCAAAGAUUCACACUUUGCUAUUUAGUGUUUGUGUCAAAAAAACACACCCUCAUGAUGUACACAACCUAGCAAGUGUUGAGCAUAUUUGAGGUGGGAUGAAUUAGCACAACCAGUUAAGAACUUUAAUACAUAGAGCUAUGUCUUAUGCCACAUGGUGGGCAGCACUAAAGGAGGUUUCAGCUUGUGUCACAAGCCGCUUGGUAUUGGGCUUCUUAACUGUCUGCAAUCUGUUAGUGCUGACCUAAGACCCAGCAGAUGUUUGUUUGUGUAGCACAAGCAACCAUGUCAUCAGCUCUCUAAAACACAAGGGUCAUCAGAGUGUCCUUGGGUUAUGAGCUCUAGCAUUUGAACUCCAAGGGUAUGAGCCCCUUUGUAGUAAUAUAAUGCUUUGUUUUCUGUGGGUACAGUCAGUGGUCAAACAGUUAAUGGAGCAUAAGUAGUCAGACCCAAGUAUGCAAUGUCAAGAGGAACAAUAUGCAUUUGUCUGUACUCUAAACAUGGAGCUAAAAGCCUUUUGUAUGACCGCACUAUUUUCUUUUCAUGUUUUAGCUGAGCACUUGGAAAAAAAUAGGUGGGGUAAGGAAGCCUGUCAUGAUAGUUUAAAGCCAAUCUUUCAGUUUUCAAGUACAUGUCUGCAGCAUGAGCUCAUUGAGUCUGGACCCUCAAACAGAACAAAGCUGAUCCGCCUCCAUACUAAUGAAGUUCAGUUUUGUUUCAGUUUAGCAGACUAUUUAAAGCCAUCCACAGUUAAACCUCAACAUCACGCUCGAACUACCUUCUUAUUAUGACUUUGAAAAAGGAUUAAGAGGUUUUGGAGGGGGUGCAAAUUUCCGGGACACUCUGUUUGAAUAUGCUGAUGGUCUUAAAAACUGCUACUUAACUUUCUUACCAUGCAAAGGAAGCUAAAAAAUAAGAUGUUUUUCUGCCUUGCUCUUUUACCACAUUACCUAGAAAUGAGCCAUGAUGGUACUGUGUGAUACCAUAUCUCACUUGGACACUGACCUUUGUCUGCAGGUGGGGCUGGAGGAAAAGGUGUGUGGGGGAGAUCUGGAGAAGUUUACGGACCAGAGGAAGUCGAUGAGAAAGACCCCAACUAUGAUGAAGCUCAGGUACUGACUGGAAAGUUAAUAUCAUUCAUACAUGUAGAAUCUAUUAUAAUGAAUGCAUAUCCCUCCAAUCAACACUUUGCAUGUUAACUAACAAUUUGGGAGUCGUUGCUGUUGUUGACUGAAUUUUCAUGGUGUGGUUUGAGUUUGUUAGACUUAGUCUAAGUCUGGACCUGUAAUGUGUUUGUGUUUAACAGGAAAACUGUGUGUAUGAGACUGUGGUACCUCCACUGGAAGAAAAGGACUUUGAGAAGACAGUCAUCCCAAUAGUUCAAGAGUACUUUGAACAUGGAGACACAAAUGAAGUAGCGGUAAUUACAUUCAACAUAUUCUUAUUUGUAACAGAAGUUAGAGAGUUCCUUCACCUAAAGCAGGGCAGCCCUCAAGCUACCGGCCCCAGUUGGGCCAUUUCCAGCCUUUUGCCCCCUUCUUUCCAGCCUGCCCCUGAUGACAAAAACAUAAUGCCCAAAAUACAUGACAUUAUAGCAUAACAUGUGUAAUAGUAGAUGUCAAGGACUAAAGGUGCUUGCUCAUGCCCAGACAGGUUCUUGGAGAGCAGGUCAGGGGAUGCUCUUGUUGUUUGUGGUCUGGUGUUUCUGUCCAAUCCAGAAUGAAGAGUGGAUGAACAGCAUAGACAGUUUCCAGAAAAAUGUGCAAAGUAUGUUUUUUUUGUGGAGUUUAGUGAAAAUGCCACCUGCCUGAAAUGCAGAGAAGGGGUUCAAAGGAAUACAAAACAAGAUACAAGAACUUAUUUUAUUCAAUUUCCUGUGUCAUCACUGGACUAAAAACCAAGAAAAAUAUAAGAAAUAUCGAAAGAUGAAUACAAACAAACAAACUGAAUCGAAACAAAUGUUUGUACAAAACAUAAUAAUACAGAAACUGAAAGCACAUUUACAGAGAAAUGUUUUUUUUAUUUUUGUUUUUAUUUUUUACAAUACGUCCUCUUAAACAGUGGCCCUCCUUUUAAGAUGACAAUACCAACAGUCUGAGUUUAAGCCCCUUGAGAUAGAAAGGACCCUUUAGGUAGCAAGAAUUGACAGAAUGAAUAUAAAGCAUCAUAAAAAAAAAUCAUUAUACUUAGACAAUCUUUGAACUCUUCACAUUCAGGAGCUCCUCGCAGAGCUGAAUUUGGGGACCAUGCGUAGUGAAGUGCCCUCACUGGCUGUGUCACUGGCCCUGGAGGCCAAAGCCAGCCACCGGGAGCUGACCUCCAGGCUGCUGGCAGACCUGUGUGGGCCUGUUCUGUCCCCGACUGACAUGGAGCACUCCUUUGACAGACUACUACGAGAGCUGCCAGAUCUGGUCCUGGACACCCCUGGAGCACCACAGGUGAGUCCACUGAGGUCAUGGGACAGGCCUUUUUACUCUUGUGUGUGUGUGAUAUUGUGUGUUUAUGUUUUUGUGCUGCACAUACAGUGUAUAUUAACAUGUCUGAUGAUUGUGUAGCAAAACAUAUAACCAAAGAUUAUUAUUGCUUUUUUUUAAUACUUCUUGUUUUCAUGCAUUAAAUCAUAGAAAAAAAAAAGUUCUGCAGAUCAGGCUCAUGUCUGUGAGCUCUGUUACGGUAAACACGAGUAUUCAUACAGGCUGUGGUGGAGUGCAGGGGGAACAACGCUGUGGUUUCACAGGCUGAAAGAGAGAGAGAGUGAGUUUGUGUGCGUCUGUGGGUGUGUGUGUUUCAGCUGUACCCUUUCAGCCUGCACAGACAUGAGGUCUCUCGCCAUUGUCUGCCUGCGCUUGCAAAGUGCAAGCUCAGCAAAGGACGCUCAAACUUAUUAACCCCCUCCAACACACACAGAAACGCACAUCCCUCCCUUCUCUCUGUGUCUCACCAGGCCUCACUGGUUAUCUCUCUCCCACACUCUCAACUCUCUGUGGGUUUAACAGGUGUUUCUGAAACUAACCUGCCUCUUCAUGUUAUUUCUGUCUACCUGUACCCUUUUUUCAGUUCCUUGUACACAAUCAUACAAACACACCACCCACAGUCCUUAAUUUAUCCUCUUGCUGCUGCCAGACCGGCAACAACUCCAGGUCAGAAGAGAGCCACUGUCUGAACAAGAACAAAGAUCAGUGAUGAGUGCAUGCUUUGGAAAGACCAAAAGAGCAAAACCAGCAUUUGCUUCUCUAAAUCAUCGGCCCAUGCGACUGUAAACAAAUACGCACGUGUCCAUGAGGCCACCAACACUCAGCUGUAAUGGCAGUUAUUGUGGGUCCUCCAGUUAUUCAAACUGAAAAAACGUUGUCAUGUAAAUGCCAAUAAAUGCACAAUGACAGUGUUGCAUGUCUUUACAAAACAAGUACCAGUAUGAUUCUUAAAAGUUAGAUUUCUCUUUGCAUUUGUUAACAGCCCCUUCAAAUGUGAGUUGUAGAUGAUGUGCAGAAAGUGUAGCCGGUCCAACCAUAAAGUUUAUUGUUAAACUUUGCUGCUUUUAAGAUGAUGCAGUUAGUCUGGUUUGUUGACAUUUUCCCUGUCUCUGUUUUUACCUAACAGUUGGUGGGCCAGUUCAUUGCACGCGCGGUUAGUGACCAGAUAUUAUCCAAGAGCUACAUCGAAGGUUACAAAGGCAGAGUGGACUGUGAAUUUACCAGGUAUGUAAUUGUUUGCACCAGGACUUGGAAAUGUUUGGUUGAAAUGGAUGUACAUACAUGUAGUGUAAGUGCUUCUUAUGAAGCAAAGACAGUAGUUCAUGUAAAGGGGAAAGUUUGUGUUGGAGUAUGACAACCUCAAACCUCGCCUUUGUUCAUCAUUCAGGGCGGCACUAGACCGGGCGACAGUGCUUUUGAAGAUGAGCAUGGGUGGCCUACGCAUAGAAAACCAGUGGGGGGCAGGUGGAGGCCAGAGACCUGUCAUCCAGCUCAUCAAAGAGGUACAUAAUAUAAAAGUAGACCUUCACCCUGACAGCAUUAAUCUGGUGACUACUGUUUGCUCCUGUUUUAAUACUGUUUGCACUUUUUCAUCACAUUUUUUACAAUCCAGCAUUAAGUGUCUGAUAUGACAAAAUCUCUCUGAAAAUCAUUGUUUGAUCUACUUAGAGUAAUGCAAUAUGUGUGCACAGACAACACUUACUUGGCUCGUGAAAAUGGAAGAUACAGCCCACAGAUGAAUGGCUAUGCAACAUGUUUCCCCUUUGUUUCACAAAGCUGAGCUUUUAGCUCUCUAUUUUACACUACUGCUGAACCCCUCAGAGAAAGCAGUGCCCAGGUCCUUUUCUCAAAGCAACAAGUGCUGCUUGUUUUUCAUCAGUAUCAGUGCAUCAGUAGGCUGUACCGUGAAUCCAAAGCCAUGUUCUGGGUGGUCAGCCAGUAGUUAUAAAUAGUAAUAACUGAGUGUGAAGUCUGGUUUUAAGAUAACGCCGUAUUUUGGGGCAUUAAGAAAAAUGCCAAAUUUUGAUACAUCUGUGUCCUGUUUCUCUAUCUUGUUAGAUGAACCUGCUGCUAAAGGAGUACAUCCUGUCUGGAGACUGCAAGGAGGCUGAGAGGUGCCUAAGAGAUUUGGAGGUUCCCCAUUUCCACCAUGAGUUUGUAUAUGAGGUAAAAACUUUUCUUUAGUUGAAGACACAACAGCCAAAACUCAACUAAAAUUUCAUAAAAGUAGGGCCAGAGGCAGAGUGGAGAACAAGUCCUAAAAAAAAGACACAAAGAUGUUCACGUUGAGCCUGAAAAGCAUCAGAGCAUAGACUGUAUAUUAAAUAUUAUAUUAAACCUUUGUGUUACAUCUUUCAUUACAUUAUCUUUAUUAUUAUUAUCUUUCAUGUUACAUAUAUUGUCACUAUGUUGUCACUGCUUAUAAGAGAAAAAAAACAUCUAGAGAUGCUGAUUCCAACAACUCUACUGAACAGCCUGGGCUUUAUUCUGACAUUUUUGCACAGAGAUAGGGUCGGAUUUAAUUCGGAUUUUGAAUACUCUGUUUUGGCAUGUGGACAUAAAUUGAGUGAUAACACACAGAAAGCUACCACAGAUGCAAUGCUAUCAAUUUUUUCUAGUACUAGAGGUGUAUACCUACCCAAAAAUCACUAUGAGAAUUAUUCCCCCCAGUUGAUACCGAUGACCCCAUAUUUUGAGUCCUAGCUCGAGGCCUAUAUAGAAUGGGCAAAGUCUGCCUCCUUGCUGGGUGAAGCCACUCCGAGAACAGCACCCUCUGUUGAUGGGCUGCAGUAUAGGUCAUAAAUCCCAUGCUUAUGGAGUUGUGGACAAACUUUAGAAAUUUAUUACACAGAACAUAAAUUUUUCUCCCCUUUGCUUGUGAUGUUGACAUAUAGUUAUUGUAAGACUGGUUUGUGCUCAAGUCCUCUUUUUUUCUGUGCAGCUCCGUUUUUAAAAGUUAUUAAAGGGUUCAUGUUUUCUAUGAUUGACACUUGAUACAGCCUAUCGGUGUACGAAGAUUGCGUAGCUCUCCCGUGGGAUACACUGUUUGAGCCGAGCGUCAUCACAGCGAGUCUUGGCGACUCUGCUCGCCCAAAUGCGCGCAUCGCUACUGCGCAGCGCUGGUUUCAGGAAAUGAAGAAAAAUCCUGGAAAUACCAAGAGCUAUUUGGCUUCAAAUCUGUAUACAGGCUGUAGGCGGAACCAAGUUGUCCAUAGUAUAUACAGUCUAUGCAUCAGAGCUGUACACCAAUGACAGGGCUCUCCUCUGUAUUCUCUGUGAAGUUUGUACAUUUUCUUUGUCACUACUGAAGAGGAAUUAUGAAUGACACAAACAAUGUGGAUAGAGUAGCAUCAUUGUUGGCUCCAUAUAUCACCAAGUGCCAAUACUUAACAGCAAACGAGUGUUAACACAAGGCUGUGAUUGUUCCUGCUGUCCUCCUCAGGCGAUAGUGAUGGUGUUAGAGUCCAAGGGAGAGAAAACCUUCAAAAUGGUUCUGCAGCUACUCAGGUCACUCUCUACCUCCUCUGUCAUCACUGUGGACCAAAUGAGAAGGGUAAGGUGCCCCCUGGUGUUUGAUCUAUGCAGUCUACAUUGCUACAUCAACAAGUAUGUUUUUUAGACUCAUCAGAUACAUGUUUAUUCAUAGUUGGGUUUUUUUUCAUCUCAGGGUUACGGAAGAGUUUAUAUAGACAUUGCUGAAAUCAACAUUGAUGUUCCACGAGCAUACUUCAUCCUGGAACAGUUUGUUGAUGAAAGUUUCAACAUGGGAAUCAUAGAUGCAAAGUUGAGAGAUCUUUGUCCUUGUCGGUAAGUGCACAUGGUUUUCACAUUUCGAACACAUUUCUGGAUGUCAGGUUUUUCCACAAUUAAUCGUGCCCGCUCUGUCUCAUCAGGGGCCGCAAGAGAUUUGUCAGCGAGGGCGACGGUGGCGUCGUCAAACUUGAAAGCUACUGAGGGAGGGAAUCCCUUUUAUGUGCCACAUCUCACGUAUAGACAAAGAUGAAGCUACUUUUUUACUUGCAUAUUUUCCAAAAAUGUUGGGUACAAAUAUAUUUUCCCUUCAGUUGAAAAGAAUGUACAUUUCUGAUAUUGAGGUGGCACAAAAAAAAAGCUGCACUUUUGAUUGAAACUGAAGUAGAUGAUGUUCUCCAAGGUGUUUCAAUACAAGCAUUUACAUAAGCUAACCCUUAAAGUGUCACACCUCUCUGUGUCAGUCAUUCCAUGUUGUUUUGUACAGUAUUUUUCUUGAGUUCACUGCCACUCCUUUUGUCUUUUCUAGAAAGCAGUGUUUGUACAGAGAUGACUGGUUUGUGUCAGGAGCUUUAUAAAAAGGUAUAGAAAAACCAAUAAAUGAAGGGGUCUUUUGAGUAAAUGGCCCCCCUAUUAA